AUGUCCUGGACCGGCAAGCCCUCACAAGAGGAACGUCAGCGGCUUCCACUCGGAGGAGACAACGCGGCGGUUGCUGGACCCUCUAUACCACAGUCACUGAACAAACAAUCCUCCACACCCAGAUCUGUCCUGGUCCGCGCAAAUCACUCCCCUCGGCUCAAAUUUCUCGCCAAAUCGAACACAAACAACAAGUCACCCAUCAAAUCCGCCGUCACCAUGUCGUGGGCCGGCUUCAAGAAGAACGUCAACAGGGCUGCCACCCAGGUCAUGGUCAAGACUGGCCAUGUCGAGCAGACCCACGAUCGCAGCUACGAAGUCGAAGAACGCCGCUACAGAGUCAUGGAAAACGCCGCCACUCGCCUUCAGAAGGAAUCAAAGGGCUACCUGGACAGCUUGCGCGCAAUGACUGCCUCGCAGAUGCGCAUCGCAGAGACAAUCGACGCUUUCUACGGAGACGCCGGCGCCAAUGAUGGUGUCUCGCGCAGCUACAAGCAGGCUGUUGAGGACUUGGAUGCCGAGACCAUCAAGGCUUUGGAUGGACCCUUCCGUGCUACUGUCCUCGACCCCAUCAACCGCUUCUGCGCAUACUUCCCCGACAUCAACGAGUGCAUAAAGAAGCGCAACCACAAACUCCUCGACUACGACCGCGUCCGCGCCCAAGUGAAACGCCUGACCGAAANNAAGCCCGACAAGGACGUGACCAAACUGCCCCGCACCGAAAAGGAAGCAGAAAUGACCCGCGCCGCCUACGAACAACUCAACGAACAGCUCUUCAGCGAACUGCCCCAGCUCAUCGAACUCCGCGUCCCUUACCUCGACCCUUCGUUCGAGGCCCUCGUCAAGAUCCAGCUGCGCUUCUGUGCAGAGGCUUACUCGAGAAUGGCUCAGGUGCAGCAGUACUUGGACCCCGACACUAGAGAUCAGUAUGCCAAUGGCAAUCUGGAUGCUAGAGUCGAGCAGGUCUUGCAGGAGAUUCGUGAGUUGAGCAUUGCUGGCACUGUUUGA